CUAGUGUGGUAGGGUUUUAAUUUUUACUGACAGGAGAACACAGCGUCACAUAACUCUCUAAAAAGAAGGGUGUACUCCUAAUGGCUUUAGCACUAGAUAUUAAAACCACUAUCACAAGCUAAAACUAAAACGACCCAGCACUUAUCCAACCACCACCACCAUUUGUUUCCAGGGAGUAAUAUACGAGACGGACUUGUAAACAUUUUUAGCGUGGUGCAGUGCCAAGUUGAGAUAGUCGUGAUGUAGCAAGUUGUUAGCUUUGCCUUACGUGUAAAGUUACGGGCAUGGAUCCAGGAAAUAUGUUCAUUUUAGCGAGACAACUGACACUCAGGUCCUGCCUACUGUGUAGUGCCACUCUCGUUAUAAUAAGUUAGCUUGUCAGAGCAGCCUUUAGUGGCGAUAUGAAAUUACUCUUUCUUGCCUGUCUCAGCCCGAAAACUGGGAAUCACACUACAGCCGAGAGAAUAAGGUCUCAUCUUGAAUCAGCAGGACAUACUUGUGAGCUCAGAGAUGCAGAGAAUUUCAGUCUCCUGCCAGAUGUGGCAAAUCUACUAUCUCGAAGUCCGACAUUUGAGGCUGCAUUGGCCAUUCAUCUGUUCAGAGCUGGCAGGCUUCUGUUGGAUGUCCAAGUGCCCUUUGGUGUAAUUUUUGGUGGAACAGACAUAAAUGAAGAUGUGAAAGUUGAACAGAAGCGUGUGGUUAUGGAGCAGGUGCUGCUGAAAGCCAGGUUUGCUGUUGCAUUCACUGACAGACUGAAAGAAGAGGCAGAACUUUUCUUGGUGUCCCAGAGCAGUAAAAUUUAUGUCCAGCCUCAAGGUAUCCAGACAGAAGCAGCUGAGAAAUUCUGCUGGACUGAAUUCUUGAGGAACUCAGGUGUGAGAAGUGAGAACGUGGAUGAGCUCCAUGUCUUUCUGCUGGUCUGUGGCCUCAGAAGAGUCAAAGACCCACUCUAUUUGGUUGAGGUUUUCUCAGACUGGAAUUGUGAGAAUUGGCAGAAUAUACUGAUCAUUAUUGGGCCAAAGAUUGAUCCUGUGUUUGCUGUGGAAGUGGAAGCUGUUUUAAAAAGAACAACAGGGGUCUUCUUGGCACAAGAGAGGAGCCAACUAGAGCUUCAUGCUGCUAUGCGAAGGUGUUUUGCUGUGGUCAACAGCUCUGUUUCAGAAGGCAUGUCAGCAGCCAUCUUGGAGGCAAUGGAUCUCAGGGUACCCGUGCUGGCGAGGAACAUUCCUGGAAAUGCAGCUGUGGUGCAGCAUGAGGUCACUGGCCUGCUGUACUCUUCUCCUCAGGAUUUUGUGCACCAAUCUCAGAGGCUGUUGUCAAAUCCUGUGCUAAGAGAGAGAGUGGUGAGGAACGGAAAAGUCUACGUGGAAGACCAUCACAGCCUAAAACAGGAAAGGGAAACCUAUCAGCGACUGGUGGACACACUUCACUUAGUCUAAGCAUUCAACCAACUUUGUAUACGUUCUCAGGAAUCCAGCAGCAGAUAAGAGGGCAUCACAUGUGUACUUUAUAUAGGUAUAAUACUUUUAUUGUCCUUAUUUCCACAAAAUUACCAUGUUUUAUCUGCAUUGCCUGAAUGGGAAAUUAUGAUGUAGGGCACUUUAAACCAAAGACAUAAAGCAGACAUUAUUGCCUGAUAUGUUAAUAUAUUUAUGCAAGGAAAUUGAUAUUGUAUUUUAAUGUGAACUUUAAUAUAAAUAUAGCAGAGCAGAGAUGUUCUGUUAAUUUUUAUCUGCUUAUUAAAAGAGAUACAAACAACUUGACUGACUUAU